GCACGGCGCGGGGCCGGGCCGGGCGGCUCCCGGCGCGACUUCCUGUUGUGCCCUCGCCCCGCCGCCACCGCCGCCGCCGUCUCCCGGCGCCCCUCGCCCGCUCCCCGCGGCCCGGCGCGGCCGCCGCCCAUGGAUUUCACCUAGCGCGGCGGCUAUGGCGGCGCAGUGCUGCUGCCGCAAGGCGCCCGGCGCCGAGGCCGCGCCCGCGCGUCCGCCGCCCGAGCCGCCGCCCGCCCUGGACGUGGCCUCGGCCUCCAGCGCGCAGCUCUUCCGCCUCCGCCACCUGCAGCUGGGCCUGGAGCUGCGGCCCGAGGCGCGCGAGCUGGCCGGCUGCCUGGUGCUCGAGCUGUGCGCGCGGCGACCCGCGCCCCGCGCGCUCGUGCUCGACGCGCACCCGGCCCUGCGCCUGCAUUCGGCCGCCUUCCGCCGCGCCCCCGCCGCCGCCGGCGAGCCACCCUGCGCCUUCGCCUUCGCUGCACCCGGGCCGGGUCCCGCGCCGCCGCCCCCGCUGCCCGCCUUCCCCGAGGCGCCAGGCGCGGAGCCCGCAUGCUGCCCGCUGGCCUUCAGGGUGGACCCUUUCACGGACUACGGCUCCUCGCUCACCGUCACGCUGCCGCCUGAACUGCAGGCGCACCAGCCCUUCCAGGUCAUCCUGCGCUACACCUCGACCGACGCCCCCGCCAUCUGGUGGCUGGACCCAGAGCUGACCUACGGCAGUGCCAAGCCCUUCGUCUUCACCCAGGGCCACUCCGUCUGCAACCGUUCCUUCUUCCCGUGCUUCGACACGCCCGCCGUCAAGUGCACCUACUCGGCCGUCGUCAAGGCCCCGUCGGGGGUGCAGGUGCUGAUGAGUGCCACACAGAGCACCUACGUGGAGGAGGAGGGCGUCUACCGCUUCCACAUGGAGCACCCCGUGCCCGCCUACCUCGUGGCCCUCGUGGCCGGGGACCUCCAGCCGGCAGACAUCGGGCCCAGGAGCCGCGUGUGGGCUGAGCCGUGCCUCCUGCCCACGGCCACCAGCAAGCUGUCAGGCGCGGUGGAGCAGUGGCUGAGCGCAGCCGAGCGCCUCUACGGGCCCUACCUGUGGGGCAGGUAUGACAUCGUCUUCCUGCCCCCCUCCUUCCCCAUUGUGGCCAUGGAGAACCCCUGCCUCACCUUCAUCAUCUCCUCCAUCCUGGAGAGCGACGAGUUCCUGAUCAUCGACGUCAUCCACGAGGUGGCCCACAGCUGGUUCGGCAACGCCGUCACCAACGCCACGUGGGAGGAGAUGUGGCUGAGUGAGGGCCUGGCCACCUACGCGCAGCGCCGCAUCACCACCGAGACCUACGGUGCUGCCUUCACCUGUCUGGAGACAGCCUUCCGCCUGGACGCUCUCCACAGGCAGAUGAAGCUCCUCGGCGAGGACAGCCCAGUCAGCAAGCUGCAGGUCAAGCUGGAGCCAGGGGUGAAUCCCAGCCACCUCAUGAACCUGUUCACUUACGAGAAGGGCUACUGCUUCGUGUACUACCUGUCGCAGCUCUGCGGGGAUCCCCAGCGCUUUGACAGCUUUCUCCGAGCCUACGUGGAGAAGUACAAGUUCACCAGCGUGGUAGCCCAGGACCUGCUGGACUCCUUCCUGACCUUCUUCCCGGAGCUGAAGGAGCAGAGCGUGGACUGCCGGGCAGGGCUGGAGUUUGAGCGCUGGCUGAAUGCCACGGGCCCCCCGCUGGCCGAGCCAGACCUGUCUCAGGGAUCCAGCCUGACCCGGCCCGUGGAGGCCCUCUUCCAGCUGUGGACCGCGGCGCCCCUGGACCAGGCGGCCGCCUCCGCCAGCACCAUCGACAUCUCCAAGUGGAGGACCUUCCAGACGGCGCUCUUCCUGGACCGGCUCCUGGACGGGUCCCCGCUGCCCCAGGAGGUGGUGACGAGCCUGUCCAAGUGCUAUUCUUCCCUGCUGGACUCGAUGAACGCCGAGAUCCGCAUCCGCUGGCUGCAGAUCGUCGUCCGAAACGACUACUACCCCGACCUCCACAGGGUGCGGCGCUUCCUUGAGAACCAGAUGUCCCGCAUGUACACCAUCCCGCUGUAUGAGGACCUCUGCACCGGCGCCCUCAAGUCCUUCGCCCUGGAGGUCUUCUACCAGACGCAGGGCCGGCUGCACCCCAACUUGCGCCGGACCAUCCAGCAGAUCCUGUCCCAGGGCCUGGGCCCCGGCACAGAGCCCAGCGUGGAGCAAGGCGGGGCCAGAGCGGACUCGGAGGCGGACGCGGACGCACCAGCCCUGCUGCUCGGGGACGAGGCCCCCGGCAGCGCCAUCUCUCUCAGGGAUGUCAACGUGUCUGCCUAGCCCUGACUUCCCGACACCACAAUUGUGCCUUCUGGGCCCCGGCCCACCGUGACCGCGCCUCAGCCUGGCCGGGAGCUCUGCCGGGCCCGCGCACCCCUCCUGCAGGCCCUCUGGGGCCCCCCCGGGGCCGGCCAAUGCCAGGGGACCUGGUCCCCCAGCCCUCUUGCACUGCAGGCCUGGAGUGGCCAGCACACGCCACCCCCUCCUGUCUCAACACUGACUGCCCGGCGCUGCCCCUGGGUGGAUGGCGACCGCCACACCGUGCCUUACGUCUGCCGGGGGCCCGGGCCACGCUGUCCCCCCAGCGUGCUUCCUCCCCGCGGACCCCACCCCCCACCCCCGGGGAUGGCAGCCUCGGCUGGCCCCCGGCAGGGGACGCAGACAUGCCCUCCGUGUGGGGGGAAGGGACACCGAGGAGAGGGUGGAUGUCCCUGGGGAGGGGCCCCCGGAAAGCCUUAGCUCCUCAGGGAACACGGGAUCACAGGAUCCCAGGCCCCAGGGGGAGUGGGACGGGACAGUCUGUCUUGGGGCUGCCUGGGGCCAGUGCAGCAAUAACACACAGGGAGGGGCAGGCGGCGCUGGUGCUCUUUCUAGGCCCACCCUGCUGGAAGAGGCCUGGGGAACCCAGUGCUUAGAGCCGGGCCCCCCGGGGGACCACUGUGCAGGGUCACCGUGAUUGUCCCAUUAAACCUCCACUCUGCAAACUAC